AUGCCAACGCACCUCAGCCCAGAGUCGACAGAGGCUCUGGAUCAAGAUGAACAAGGUGUCCUUCGGGCAUUGAACCGGUCGCCUCACCCCUACCACCACCAGAGUUCCGAGCUGCCCUACCCCUCUGACCAUCUGGUCUCUCGCGGCGAGCGAGCUGCAUCUCCGAAGCUAGGCAACGACCCGAGCCAGCCAUCGCUAUCAGGUCUACCAACCUUCUCGAAGGAAUCGACGCCAGCGAGCGAUAGCGGCACCGAUGCCGACGAUGAACACUUCCUCAAGGGCCUGCCGCCGCCAAAACUGCGACCCCACAAAGGGCUGAGAGGCCGAAACGAGGUCAUAUCUGGAACCUCGACGCCACUCUUGUCGCCCGCAGUCCUGAAAGAACCAGCACCUCCAACGGGUCGUCGAGUAUCACAUAAUGGCAAGAAAUCUGAAGAAAGGGCCAUCUUACCGGAUGUCAUCCGCCGGAAGAAGAUUCUCGUACAGCGAGCCAUUGAAGUUGGCAUCAUCACCACGCUCGCUGGCAUGAUCCAAGCCAACAAGUUGCUGGCACCGGUAUUACGAACUUGGUGUAAAGUUGUAGAUUUCUAUCUCUUUGGUGCCCUGUAUGGAGGGUUGUUACUGCUGUAUCCGAUUCGAGUUAUGGCAUGGAGCUACAAGAAUCGCCCGGCAUCUUCAAGCUUGGCGUUAAAGAUUCCCUCAAACUUCGACCCUGCGCCUCUUCUCUAUCCUCCAUCAAUCACGAUAUUUGUGUCACUGCUCGUAUCUGUUAAUAACCCAGCAGUUAUCCUCCCCAACAUUAUCCUUGGCAUAAGCUCGAUCCCACAGCAAGUGGUUCCGAAACUAGAUCAAAACGCUGCAUAUGACUCUCUUCACUGGGCUCUAUCUUGUCUACCUCUGGUUUGGCGAUCUUCUCUAUCAGAUCACUCUCGAUUUAUACCGACUUAUUCCUUCCUCACACAAGAAGACCUCGUCCUGCUAUACCCCCUACAUCGAACUGCUUCCGCAGUAUUACAUCAUCUUACCACGACCAGUCUCCUUACAGCCGAACUUCAGCUCCUUUCGAUUGCGCUGAUCAACGUGUUGCUCUUAGCGUCAUCGCCCCAGAUUCAGAUCCUUAAAGCUCUGCUAUGGGGUGGUGGAUUGAGUUUACUAGUGCUCUGUGGUGCCGUGAUUAGAUGGGGAAUUGUUUUGGCGAGAGUUCCCAAAUGGCGGUUUAGAAGAGAGCCAUAUCCGCCACGGCGCCCUUUUUGGAAGUCCUUGGUUAGACUGUUGUCCUGGCAGAGGCUUAAAAACGAAAUUCUAGGAUCACCUCAUGAUUUACACGACGAUAUAACGUUUUCAACCGAUGACGACGAAGACGAUUUGCGAUUUAGCUCUCCUACUAGAGUUCAAUCUCUCAGCAUAGCGGCAGACACCCCAUCUGACGUGCACAAUCCCUCUUCGCCCACUAUCGAGAAUGGAUGGAAAGCAGGCGGAAUUUCUCGAAGACAUACGACUCCAUUCCCCGAGAAACUCUCUCGCAAAGUAGCAACGCACACUCCAUCUGGAAGAAGAAAACGGACGGCAUCUGUUUCUAUCCGCGCAUAUUUCAAGUUUACACCGGCACAAGCAGCACUGAGGAAGUGGAUAUAUGCAAGCUAUGUAUAUGCCUGCUUGGCAUUCAUCAUAGUGGCCUUUAUCCGCCCAUAUGUACAGAAAUAUGCCCUUGAUGGCAACGAGCCUAUGGGCUGGGCUCUCGGCUACUUUUUUGGUGACCUACCAGGGUUCAGAUAUCGAGUUGUCAGGGCCAACCUUGAACGCUGGAUUUGUCUCCCCCCACGGCUUGAUACUUCGGAUGCGAAGCAGUGUCACCGUGGCUGGGUAGAGCAUGUUCGCCAUGAUGAUUUUGGCGAGACCAGCACACGUCUCUUCAUUAGCGGUUACUGGGUCGCUAUUCUCAUUGUUGGACUUGCCAUUGUGUUUCAACUAAAAAACACGUACGAGGUGGACACCCGGCGGAAGGUGUUCCAUUUCAUGAUGGUCGGCAUGCUUCUUCCAGCGACCUACGUCGAUCCGACGUUUGUCGCCUUGGCUCUUUCGAUCGUCCUGGCGAUAUUCUUGAUUCUGGAUCUGCUACGGGCAAGCCAGCUGCCGCCUCUCUCCAAGCCGAUCGCCUCCUUCUUAGCUCCGUAUGUGGACGGAAGAGACUUUCGCGGGCCUGUUGUAAUAUCUCACAUCUUUCUCUUGAUUGGGUGUGCCAUUCCUCUCUGGCUGUCGCUUGGAUCCUUGCCGCGGACUGGAUCCAACUACCUGACCGGAGUCGUCUGUGUUGGCCUGGGUGAUGCAGCUGCCUCCCUCAUUGGGCGCCGAUAUGGUCAUCGCAAAUGGCUCUGGGGUGGUGGUAAAAGCCUCGAGGGGAGUUUGGCAUUUACAGUUGCCGUCUUCCUGGGUCUAACGGCUGCUAGUCUCUGGCUUCGAAUAGGCCAGUGGCCUGUUGACGGCGAGGGCACGAGCAUGACUACCAGAGCUGGACACGCCUUGGUGUGUUCCUCCAUGGCUAGCUUGACAGAAGCUGUCUUGACGGGAGGCAACGACAACGUCAUUGUGCCAGUGAUUCUCUGGACAUGCGUUAAAGCGCUUGAAGUUUAA